CACUUUCCUUCCAUUCACUCAGACUCAACUUUCAUUCGCUUUACAGCACACCCCACAUUCACUUUUCAUUCAUUUGAUUCCCAACUUUCACAAUGGUUUCUUUCAAGGUUUCCAACAUCCUGGCCCUCGCCGCCGCCGUUGCCGCCGCGCCCACUGAGCUUCUUCAGUCCCGCGCCGUUGUAGCUCACGACUCCAUCAGCCCCGUCGCUCAAAGAAUCCAGACUGGCGGCCUCGGCAAGAUCAUCGAGACUUUCAACCCCCUGCUUCACAUCGCCCACGGUUGCCAGCCGUACCCUGCCGUUGCCGACAAUGGUGACACCAGCGGCGGUCUCCAGGACACCGGCAGCUCCACCGGCGGCUGCCGCGACCAAGCCAAGGGUCAGACCUAUGCCCGCGCCGGCACAGUCGACGGCAAGACGGUCAUCAUGUACUCUUGGUACUUCCCCAAGGACCACCCCACCAGCGGUGACGUCGCUGGAGGUCACCGCCACGACUGGGAGAACAUUGUCAUCCAGGUCGACGACCCGGCCGCGGCUACCCCCAAGAUCACCGGCGGCGCUGCCUCCAGCCACAGCGGCUACAGCAAGGCCAACGGCGCUCCUCCCAUGGACGGCAACAGCCCCAAGGUUGAAUACUUCACCACCUUCCCGACCAACCACGAGCUCCAGUUCACCCAGACCAAGGGCAAGACCUACCCCAUCUCCGACUGGGAUGCUCUCCCCGCCGCCGCCAAGACUGCUCUUCAGAACGCCGACUUCGGAAAGGCCAACGUUCCCUUCAAGGAUGGCAGCUUCGAGAGCAAGGUCCGCGAGGCUCUCAAAUAGAUGGUCAUUACUCACACGGCACAUCAACUCACGAGUGCUUCUUGACGACUUUUAUGAGUGUGUUCUUUGGUCGACCAUUGUUGCGAAUUUGGGAUUGUUUUGUUCUUAGCUAGCUUUU